AUGACGAUUGCUGCUGUUAACUAUUCAGCCAGUACGUCGGCAAGUAGCAAACAGUGUCAUUUGUUGCCGAUGGUACACAUCUUUAGCAUGAUAGCCGUUAAUCUUUUGUCUACCGUUAUUGGCACUGUUGGUAACGUGUUGGUGAUCAGUACAGUUUCUAAGAAUGUCAGUCUACAAACAAUUUCAAAUUUCUGGUUGGUGAGCAUGGCCGUAGCUGAUUUAUUUGUGACCGCCCUUGGACAUCCUCUUUUAUCAGUCUUCCUAGGUCUUCAAAUGAGAGGCGAUUGCCAUGAAACUGUGUCUCAAGCGUUUCGCUUAAUCGCCAACUUGUCAUGCUCCGCAUCUAUUCUUCAUUUGUGCUUCAUCAGCAUGGACCGCUGCUUGGUUAUCUUACGGCCUUACGAUUUCAGAAAGAUUCGAACAAAAAAGCGCUUCAAGAUAGCGCUGGCGAUCUCAUGGACACUACCUGCCGUCUACGGCGGGUUACGCUUGACGGUCAGCAAGACAGCAACGUCUUAUUUCACGGUUGUUGCCGUUGGUCUUUGCUACAUCGCGAUAAUCAUUUGCUACUUUCUAAUCGUUCUCAAAGUUACAGAACACGGCUCAGCGAUGCUCAAACGUUUCCCUAGUCAAACUGGGAAGAGAGGAGUUUCCAAAUACCUUAUAGAACGUCGUGUGACUGUGACUAUAGCGAUCGUAGUUGUUAUUUUUACAAUAUGCUGGUUUCCCCUUCUGUAUUUACGCUCCGCGUUUGCGGAAGAAAACUUUGGUAUGCUUUAUAACUGGGCAAGGACUCUGGCGCUAACUAAUUCAUGUAUAAACCCGUGGAUUUAUUGUUUCAGAAUAACUGCGUUUCGUGAAUCUUACAAAAGACUGUUAAGGUGUCAGUUGAAAUCCGUGUGCAGUAGAAAAGAUGAGCGUCGCCAACGCGAAGCAAACACCGGCCAAUUGCAAUCAAGCGAAUCGGAAACAGCUUAUGAAGGUGCUGAGGCUGCCGUGUAA